UUAGUCAUAUAUAGGUCGUAUGAAAUAUAAGUUUGAGUUCUUGCCCAGAAAGACAGACGUACAGAUGGGGGAAUUCCCUACACCUCCCAGUCUUUGUUCGAUGGGAUAAAACAGAACUAUUCAUCUAAUAAGUAAAAGAGACCGACUUGGGCAAGACUAUGAUCAACAUGAAAUUGUACACACGUAUUCUCAUUUUAAAUCUUUCUGUAGCAAUUUUGAUUUACAUAUACAAUUAUAAUAUUAACGGAAUUUCAACAAGAAGGAAGAAUUCGAAAGAGCAGGAGAAUGGGCCCGACUCCGUAGAUUUCCCCCAUCAGGAAAAACAACACUUUCCAAUCGAGGAAAAAUUAAUUUGGACGAAAACGAUGACAUGCAGCGUGGAAUCUGGAUAUAAAAAUUGCGUUGAUUGUUCUAAUGGUACAUCAGGGUAUGACAAAAUAGACCCCAAUCCUGGAGUCAACUGUUCCUAUAGCAUCUGCCAGAAGAUAAAUAAAGGAAGACAACCUGUUAUGUAUAGGCAACCUAAAUACAUUAUACCAUCGAUUGAAAGUCUGGUAACAAUUGUAGUUAAAACUGCUAAUCGCUUAAAUCUCGUCGAGCGGUUAAUACGCAGUGUAUGGAAGUUCUAUCCCAAUGUGAAAUGUAUUGUCGUUGACGACUAUAAUGAGUUCUUUGAAAAGAGACCUGGGCUUAAAAACUUCUUCAAAAACUCAUCAAAUGUAAUCUACCAUCAGGCGCAUGAGAAUGCUGGUAUAAGUUACGGUCGUAACCUUGCAUUAAAGUUUGUAAGAACAAAAUAUGUUUUCUUAUGUGAUGAUGAUGCGGUCUUCAAUAGUGAGACAAACAUUCCCAAGCUUCUUGAUUUGUUGGAGCAUACCGAUUUAUCAUUCGCUGGAGUAACACAUAAAAACAAACCUAACCUCUUUUUUGGUGCCGUAAUGGUUCGCCCAACAGAAGCACAAAACACAUCAACGAUGAGAUCUAAUGAAACGGUGGACCUUCUGCAAUAUUCAGCUAUGUAUUAUGAAAGAUUAGCGUGUUUUGGCCAGUGUUACGUCACAGAUAUAAUAUUGAAUGCAUUUCUUGCUCCCUUAGAGGAUUUGUUAAAGAUGGGAGGUUGGGAUGCAAAUUUAAAAACACAAGAACAUAUAGAUUUUUUUCUGAGAGUACGCAAAUACGGGCUUAAAGUUGCCGUCUGUUUAGAUGUAAAUUUAAAUCACAGGUCUCCUCGAAACAAUCCCCUUCGUCAGAAGAGAUUACAGAACAAAGAUAUUUACUUCAACAUUAUCAAACAUAAAUGGAAUUUUUCAAAAUGGUUUUUCUGUAAGACAAAAAGAUUUUCCAGUUACCAAAACAGGAAAUUUCCAGAUGAUUGGACUUGUAAGCAGACUCAUAUGUUUGACACAAAACUAUAAAACAGCAACUCCACAGUGCACUCCAUGGAGUAGCAAAUCCCACCGAACAAAAAAAUGUCUAAUACAAAGCAGCCACCUUGAAAAUUUUGAAAAAUUAUGAUUGCUAAUACCAUGCUUUUCACAUGCUCAUGC